UAUUUUCGACGUAACCUCGACAUUAUUUAAUGCAUGAGCAUACAAUUAAAUAUUGUCUUGCAUUUGUCGUGUUGUUCCUUAAAUAUUCAAACAUAUAAAGUAUGUCACAAUAAUCUACUGUUAAUGUACCAUUUAAAUAUUGAAAUACAUGAUCGUGUUAUUCAUGGUAUUGAAGUUCACGAGUGUACGUUUAAUUAUCACUGGUAAUCUAUGGACAUGACUUUGGCUAUUUAAGAGGCAAAUGAGAUGAAUAUGAUAUAAGUAUGUGGCGGUUACCUACAUGAUACGAAUACUACACAAAGUUUAAGGUUUAUAUUGAUUUAAUUUGCGGUAUACAUGUAUCCAUUACUGAAGUGAAUAUCCGUCGGUAUUUCCAUAUGUCUUGUUUCGAUUUGAAAACAAAAAUUGAGAUGGGAAGUUCUUAACAGAUUUAAACAUUGAUUGUCAGUAAACUGUGGAAUGAGUUAGGGUGAUCGUCCUCAAUCCACUAUGAAUUCAACUACGUGCUGCGCAUGCGCAGCGACAUUCGGAAUGGAAGUGGAUAUCAAUCCUUGCACAAUAUGUGAAAAGGUUUUCUGUACAAGUUGCUGCGCGCUCAAGUCCAAACUUGAGAUGACGGCUUCCCAGCGAGGACGCAGGUCCUGUGUGUGUCAGCGCCUCAUCGACACGAAGGAAAGAAUGAAAAUCAUACCUCAUGAAGCCAGAAAUGCAAAGGAAAAUCAUUCUGAGCAAAGUGACUCAGUCAUUCAAUCAUUAAAAGAAGCAAAUAAAGAAAGCUCUGACAAGUCCAGUCAACAUAAGGAAACAAGAGAUAUCACGAAUGCAUGGGUGACUUCGCCCUUAAAUAAUCAUUUUCCUCGAAAAGGAUCUCCUGGGAUAUUAACAACAUCAAAUAUAGAGAAUGAACAUUUUACACCAAUUUCGACUGGUAAACAGAUCGCACAACAAUCAACUGUUCGUAAUAAUAACUUCAAUGGUGAAAAGGGAAAACUUGCAUCACAGUCCAAUUGGGAAAACAAAUUUUUCGCAUCAGGAUCAACAUUUAACACCGGGAAAUUUGAAUUGCAAUCAGCUUCGCAAAAUGUUCACAUGAUAACAAACAAAAGGAUGCAUUCUGGUUCACAAAUUGAGCACUCAACGGCCAAUGAGGCGACGAAACAACGUGGUUUUCUUGAACGUCUUGAUUGCGACGAUCAUGUAGCGAGGAAUUUAAUUGACCUCGCUCAAAUUGAUACAUCUCGUGGUCAUCAAAACAGGCGAAGGGAUUGGAAUGGGCUAAAUGAUGAACAAUUUAACGAGGUUGAAACGAAUUUAUUUAAUAUUGAUGGCCUGGAUAUGGAGGCUAUACCCGCGUUUGAUGACAUUCCACUUGCUUUGAUAUUGUCCAAAGCUUUUAAUGAAAAAGAAUUAAAAAUUGCCCAUGAGAAACAGAGGCAAAAGAUCAUCGAGUCUUUCAUUAAAAAGAACAGUUUUCCCGGAAGAACAUACCACAAUACCGAUUACAUUGGCUUUGACGAUGAACCUCUCAUGCCGAAUUUUCAAAAAGAUGAGCACAAUAAACAGCGUGGUACUUUUAAAUCAGAACCAGUUGAGGUAGAUGGACCCGCAUUUGAAACGGAAAAUAAAACUGUUACAGUUGAAAAAGACAUAAGUGUCAAGUGCAACGAUAAUAAAAUUGUGGAUGGAAGUUACAAAGUGGAUUCACAUUCAGAUAUGAGUGAAAACAACAACAGAUUAAUGGAAGCUGAUAACACAGAAAACUCGGCAAACCAACAGAAUUUGCAAACCUUGCACGAAGAUUCUGACAAAGAUGAGGUGUCUGACACUGCUGAAACUAAUCUCAAAUCUAUGCAAAGGAAAGCAAUAUCAUCACCUGUGUCUAUUUCUGUAACCUUCACAAACGAAACACAAGAAAACAAAAAUCCUAGUAAACCAGAUAUAUCACCUAUACGGCCCACGUCUCUUUUAAGAAAUAAUCAACAUCCAAAAGAGCCCAACCAUAUAGUUCAAUCGAUAAUCAACGGUAAAAGAACAAAUAAAAACGAAAGGCGUUUACCAACUACAUUUAACGAUUUAGUCAAGCGCAAAGAAACAAAGAAAGAGGAAGAGAAUGCAAAUAAUAAGUUAGCACUCAACCGUCCGUUCAAAAUUGCAUCAGAGGCCAAAGCGUUUGGAGAAAGAAGUGAUACAUUUGUAUCAGAGGCCAAAGCGUACGGAGAAAUUAGUUAUACAUAUGAUGACGAUGGAGAUGAAAUCCCAGUUGACGAUGCAGAAUUGCCAACAGCAAUGAGAGCCCUCCAUAUAUCUCACGGAAAGAAGUCGAACACUCUUAAAUCCAAUAAAAGCAUGUUAUUAGUACUUCUGACGGACAAAACUAGUGGAGCAAGCACGCGAGUUCCUGGCUCAAAUGAAGCAUUUGUGCAGCACAAUAGAGUAGAACAAGAAGAAAAUAAAACAGAAAACCCGGAAUUUGUGAAACAAGCAGAAAGACAAGUAAACGAACUAUCGUCGGCUUAUGCUCGAGCAUUUAGCAGUCUGAGAAAAAUGCAGUCAUCCAAAAAGAUUAAAUGCAAUGCAUGUAGCAGUCCAGAUUGUCAGGGUGAUUUUGUCCAGUCAAUUCAGGGUUUGAUACACGAGGCUCGGAAACAAGGGCUGGAGGUUAAUGAUGUGCCUCCUGAUGGAAAUUGCAUGUUCACUGCCAUUUGCGAUCAGCUACAGGCAUUGAACGAUAUGUCCUAUACACCAAGAACGUUACGGGAAAAGGCCGUCAUCUGGUUACGAGAUAACCCGUACUGUUCUGAUGACAAUAAAACUCAUUUUCAAGCUUUCAUGGAGGAGCAUUGGGACUCGUAUCUUCAGAGAAUGAUAAAAAACGGCGAGUGGGGCGAUCACGUGGUUUUGCGAGCCUUGUCCAACCUUACUGGAUGCACGAUUAAAAUCCUAAAUGCUCACGGCAAAAUGUGCACAUGGACGACAUUAGAGCCAUCGGAAAUGCCAGACGAAAGACGUGAAGUAAUUUUGGGACUGGUGGGGGAAAACCAUUAUACCAGCCUUAGACGUAGAGAAGUGACUUUUAACGGUGUGGACUCUGAAAACGAUGACCCACCAACGAUUGAGACAGAGAAAUUGGAAGUUAGCGAACAAGAUCGCGCCCUAGUGGAAUUGUUUUUCAAAGACCACGUGGACUGCAGCAGUAGGAUGCCAAUGUGUUCACUUUCAUUUCUUAUUACAAGACUCUUUUCAAUUAGAGCUGUAACCAGCGAGGCGGCCGAACACUCAUUUAUUGCUUUACAAUUUUGGAUGGAAAUAGCUAACAAGAGAGCACAAAAUUACCAUGGGCUCACAACAAUGAUCAGUGGAUGCAUGGGCUAUGGAGUAUAUCAUCUCGAUCUUUCUUACAACCCAGAAAACCCUAGCACGAUGUACCGCAUGAUAGAUUUGAACAUUUACUUUGUUAGCAAUUUGGAUCCAUCAUUAAAUCGCUGCAGUCUUAAAGGACAUGGAACACUGUGCUGCGUGGGUUAUACACAGGUAUGUUAUUCCAAUGAAUAUUUACGAACUAGUAGGUAUAAACCAUACAACUCUGUCGUGACUGUGAGCGAUGGUGGCCAGGUUUGUGCAGGCAUUCUCGUACACUGGCCAGUUUGGCCUCAAGAGGCAUCAGAAUGGAUAACCAGAGUAAGGUAUGAAGAUUGGCCGUCGCAGGAGCUCAUCCAUGAUAUAUGUUCCAAGGGAUGCCAUUUGUUACCGGAAGCACACGAAAACAGCGUGGAUCCAGACAUAGAGUGGAAGUUUUGUUUUGUUGACGCAGUAACAAACAUUUUUCAAAAAGCCAUUGCAGACAAUCAAAAAUAUUGUUUUCUGAUAUUGUUCGGCAUGUGUUUUGAGGUGUUUAAGCAACUGGACGUCUUUAGAUUGGAUUGGCUGAUCAAUCCAUUUUUGUAUUGCUGCGAACGCUGCCCUUCGCAGUUCUGGCAAAGCCAUCCCGCUUCGUGCAUACUGUUUAUACUCAAUGAUAUGAUUCUGUGCUUCAAAUCACGUUGUCUUCCCAGUUAUUUUAUUCCUUCGUGGAACCUGAUUGAAAACAUUAGCGAAGAAAAGGCGCAGCUAGUGAUGGAGAUCCUGGGCAAUAUUCGUUCAGAACCAUUAGUUGUGUUUCGACAGAUGAAGGAAAAAUUCUUUGAAUCUUUAGAAAUAGAAUCAGUCAUUGAAAAGGUGUGUGAGGACGCCCUGAAUUUUAAAAGCACAAAAUUGACCACCCUUAAUACUUUAAUACCGUGCCUGAUCGACAUCGCCAAAUGCUCCGUUAAAACAUACAAAUAUAGCGCCGCCUUUGAUGAAAUAAAUGAAGCGUUCCAAGCCCGUUUGUCUGUUGCAACAUGUGAGGACGCCAUGUCAUUUGAAAACUUUAUCCAAGGGUGCUUCAACGGUCUGAAUACUUUUGAGUCAGGUUGGUUCGCAACAUUCGCCGAUAAGCAACUGCAAAGUCAGUUGUCGAGGCCACUCAUCAGACUAGUUCUACAUGACCGAGUGAUGAAGCGAAUAGAUGACAUUCUUGACAAAGAUGUUGCAGGAUUCUACGCAUCUUCAGAAGUUCCAGAAUCUUGGGUAUACCAGUUCGACAAAUUCUGCUGCGAUUAUGCAAGUUUUUUAGUUCGUGUUAAUAAGGUAUCUGAUGCGCUACCAGUGUUCUAUAGAUGCCAUGAACGGUACCAAGAUUAUCUAACCGGCAAAGGGGAUUCAUACUUUUCAGAAGAAACGAUGCUAGAAGUAUACGCCGGGAUAUUUGCAUUGUACAAACGACAGCAGCAAACAGCGAUGUUCAGAAAAGUGCUGAAGGUCGCAAGCUCAAUCGUGAACCUCGUUAAUAAACCAGGAGGCUAUGGAUGGCUUGCGCAUGUGUAUUAUAUGCUAGGGGAUGAAAAUGGAGGUGAUAUUUGUACUUCAAAAAAGGAAGAAUUAUUAAGACAUAGGUCUGCAGACAUAGACGAAAUCCAUUUGAUAUACUGGCCGACGAGGUGUGUUGCGAUUAUUAAUAAACAUGAAAACAAUAUGUGUCUAGCAUGAUUUGUGUACGUGCAAGUGAUAAAACAUCAGCACUUUUUGUGUCGAAAAGCAAAAUAAUGAGUACGAACGCAAUAUGACUAAAUGAUCUAAUCAGCUGUAUUGAACUUCUUUUUUGUACUCAUACAUUUUUUUCAUUUUUUACGAGGUGUUGAGUCAUAAGUCAUAAGCAUGACGAUAUUGCAUGAUCACUGAAAUAGUUAAACUCGUUUACAGUGAAAUUCUUAUUUAAAUGAAAAUGUUGUUCUUGACAAUGUUCGAUUGUACAUACUUGGUUUUGUGAAAUUAUGAGUAUUUAUGGGCAGUACCUAUCCUACCGUUCAUAAAACGGAUUUUCGUGGAUUAACAUAGGUAAAAUAUGUUAUCAAGUUAUUAUUAUGCGACUUACCAAUGAAAGUAUUGUUUUGGAAUUUGUCUAUCUUUGCAAAUUAUUGUUUUAUCGCAACAUACAUUUUGUUUCAGUUUUUCUAAAUGUGCAAGUAUAAAGUCGACUCUUGUUUGAUCGAACUCACUCUGCUCGAAUUUGAGCUCGAUUGCUCAAGUCUCUUGGAAGGAUCUAGUUUUAUUACUUUAUAGUUAUGUACUUUUUGUCGUUUUGUUCGACAUCGCAAGGGUCGACUAUCUUGAUGGCUCAAAAGUGUUUGCUCAUGUCCGGUCACAAUUUUGACACAUUUUGUUUGAUUGGCUUGAACUUGAUUCAAGUAGCACAAAAUUGUAAAUAGAUUAGGCUCGCUUGAUAUGAGUCACGAGAUGAUUGAUUUUUCAGUUGUUUCAAACAGAUUAGCGACUAAAUCGUUAAUUGGUUUGAGUAAAAUAUCCCAUAGACACUUUGUAUACAAGCUUGUGCUUAUGCACAAAACAUCAUUCUCAAAAUAAUACGAUGCGUAGCAAUUACAUGCCUUGAAAUAGUUUAUAAAUACUAAACACACACUGACGUCGUAUCAUUCUGCAAAAACCCAUAACGAAUGACAACAUAGUUGUGUAAUUUUUGUUAAUGUGUGUAUUAUAUGUAUAAUAUUAUAUCAUUGAGUUAAAUUGCGUUUUAUAAUUACAAUGAAAGUUGAUUUGCUUGUUUGCUAUAUUUGCUCCGAUUCUUACAUGUAAUUGUGCUUCUUAGAAAUGUGAAUAUUAUGUACUUGUUGUAAGUAUUGCUUUGGCUCGACGUUCCAAAGGCACGAAGUUUUCAUGUCGUUUCCCGCGACUUCGAGCCAACGGACGUCGUUUGAAAUCGUGAAUUUCAUUUGAAUUUGCAAUAAACAUUUAAAGUAACAUAACUACUCAAAAUGAACGAAAAUUUCGUAAAGUAUUUCGUAAAAUAAAUCUUAACAAUUAAAAAUCAUUGUUCCGUAUGGCAAUUUCCGAAAUUUCAACGCCAGAUGUGGUCUGGUAAACUAGAUGUUUGUAGAUACAAAAUGCUCGUUUUUAUUAUUGUUUUGCAUAUUGUACCCUUUUAGUGUUCGUGUGUCGUAUGAAUAGAAUAGAUAUAUUCGCGGGAAAUUACAAUGGAAUAAAUUGUGUCCAUAAAAAAAUAAAAACGAGCAUUUUGUAUCUACAAAAAUCAUUGUAAUCAUACCACAUCAGCGUUGAAAUUGUGGCUAUUGUUAUAAGGAACACUGAUUGUUUAGGUGUUAACUUUAUUUUACGAAAAACUUUUGAAUUUUUUCGUUGAUUUUGAGCGUUAUAGAGACUUUAAUACAAAUGUUAUUUCGCUAUUGUCCGCGAUUUUAGAACAUUGACUAAUUAAAGGGGCCGUCCAACAGAUAAAGCGUCGUAUCGACGCGAUUCGAUAUUUUGGGAAACUACGAGGAUUGCUUAUAUAGCUAAAAAAAUACAUCCACACUGAAUGUGAGCGUGGAUGGUCGAGGAUUCUGGGCGAGAGGAAUUUUACUCAAGGACUCCAGGAUUCCAGGGGUCAGUGGUUCCUUUUUUCCUUUUUUUAAAUUGUAUUCUUUAUUUUACUGGAGAUUUAUAGUUCAAAUGUUUAAAUUUAUCAAUAAAAAGCAUUUAAAGCAUUUAAUGGCAAGCUUCAAUAUAUGCUAAAAUCUGUUGGACGGCCCCUUUAACGCAUGGCGACAAUAGUAUAAACAUAAAAUUUUAUAAGCAAAUGCUAUUUUUUAUUCUACUUUUUAUGACAUAUUUUGGAAGUUACAAUUCAAUACUUGUGUAGAAUUCCAUUAUUAAGUCAGCAGAAAGAACAGACGACACACAAUUGUAAAUGUUGAUAGUACUUUUACUGCAAACAAAUGCUAUCAAAAGAUUCAAUCUUUUUACAAUACAUUUUAUUAUAUUUAAAUGCAUUGCAGCCUUAAACCACGCGGAUUUUGGUAGUCCUAAGCCAAGGUUACUACCAUUAAAUGUACCGAGGUUUAUAUAUAAAACCCACUAUACUUGUGAACCGGUGAACUUGAUGCAAGAUAAUUUUUGAUCCCGAGUUGUUUUAAUGCGUCUUUUUGCUAAGCAUUCAAUUAUGCACCAAAUUUCCAUUGCAAUAGCAUUGACAGUUUUAAAUGAAAAGAGAAGACAAACGUUAUACAUAAGUUAGCAAUCCCAGAACAAUCAUCCACCGUACAUCUUCGGAAGUUUGUUUUUAUUUUGAGGAGCAUAAAUCAAUUUAUUCAUAUGGUUAACGAACAUGCACCUCCGUUUCAUUUGUGACAUUGACCCUGUCGACUUACUCUACUGCAUUGUAUAGUAAUAUUGUAUUAUUAUUUUACAUUGAAAUUGUUUACCUUCAUAUUAUAUUGGUUUUAAUAUAGUUUAUGUAUAUAGACUAUUAUUAUCAAAUAUUAAGUCAUUCUGAGAUGUUAUAAAAUCUUUCACAUAC